UAAUCACUUUUAGCAGUUCUGACAACCAUUACCUAAUUGUUCACAGGUUACAAUGUGCGACAAUACUUGAGAUUAAUUGCGUCACUAAUGUACUAAUGAUUACAACACACAAAUCCCAUCGAAUAAAAUUUAUUGUUCUCGUUUUUUCUGCCAACUCUUACCACCAAGUUAGAUCAAUUAAAACAAAUAAUAAAUAUCAUUAACUGUAAGUAAGAAGCUGUGAUAAGAUAAUACACAGUAAACAACCUAAAAUGUUAAAUGUAUUCAUGUGUUGUGACCUACGAGUGUAACAAGUGAGUUGAGCCACUUGAAAAACAAAAUAGAAAACAAAUAAAAUCUGUGACCAGUGCAAUGGAUUUCGUGAUUGGCGGUACUGCAGCGGUAUGCGCGGGAUUCUUCACGAACCCUCUGGAAGUACUGAAGACCCGCAUGCAGCUGCAGGGGGAACUACGGGCAAAGGGACACCACGCCGUUUAUUACAGAAACGUUUUACACGCGGGGUAUGUGGUUGCAAAGAACGAUGGAAUUUUGGCCUUGCAAAAAGGACUGACGCCCGCACUGUUCGUGCAGUUGAUUAUGAAUGGGAUGAGAUUAGGAACUUACCAAUAUGCGGAGGGUCGCGGAUAUAUGAAAGAUGAAAAAGGCAACAAAGUGUUCAUCAAGCAACUAAUGAUUGGAGGUUUGGGAGGAGUACUAGGCCAAUAUUUUUCUAGUCCACUAUUUUUGAUCAAAACCCACUUACAAUCUAAGGCCGCUGAGGCAAUUGCUGUUGGACAUCAACAUGAACACACAGGCCUUUACAGAGCUCUAGUUACAAUUUAUUCAGAACACGGUAUUAAAGGACUUUUUAGGGGAGCCGUUGCAUCAAUACCUAGAGCCUUUGUCGGCUCAACAUCGCAAUUAUUAGCUUUCGAUUAUGCAAAACUCUAUUUAGAUCAAUAUGACUAUUUUAAAGACAAAUACCUAUUGAAAUCAUUCCUUGGAAGUAUGGCUGGAGGUGUGGCCAUCAGUGUAAUGAUGACGCCUUUCGACCUCAUUCUGACCCGAUUGUACAAUCAACCUGUCGACGAAUUCGGGAGAGGGAAGAUGUACUCAAGCUACAUGGACUGUGUGGUAAAGAUAUAUCGCACUGAAGGACCUCGGGCUUUCUACAAGGGAAUAGGGCCAAUGUAUCUGAGAUUGGGACCACAUUCUGUUUUAUGUUUGGUGUUUUGGGAUUUGUUUAAAGGCGCAUACGAAAAAUAUUAUCUAAAAUCAAAUGCCAAAAUGGAACCUAGUCAAACAUCCCUCGAAUAAAAUAUUAUUUUAUUAGGGGGUUGAAAAUUAUUGCAUUUUUUUUAAAUAAAUACACUGUUAGACAUUUUGUUAUGGUGUGAUUUUUAUUGAAUUGUUACUAUAUUGUUUGUUUUGAUUGUUCAGUACAACAACAAAGUAACUUGUGUUCGUAAUGUAUUCUAAUAUUUCAAUUAAAAUAUAAAUCAAGAAUAUGAUCUUU